AUGUUUUUUAAAACAAUAGUUUUUAUAUUGAUAAUAAAUUUAUUAAUAAAUCUUAAAAGAUCAAAUAGUUCAAUAAUUGGUAAAAAUGGAGAUUAUAUUUUUGCAUACUUUUCAGAUUUAAUAUAUGAUCCAUUAGCAGUUAAACAAAAUCAAUUUAUUUCUUUAGGUGAUAAAAACAAUUGUUUGGAAUGGGAGGUUGUAUUGGAUAAUUCUAAGAUUUUAGCAUAUAAAUCAUCCAUUACCAAUAAUUUAAUAAUUUCAUUUAAAGAAUACAAUUCAAUUAAUAUCGAAGAUAAUGCCCAUUAUUUCAAAGUUGAUUGUUAUAUUGAUCCAAAAGGAUGUGGUGAAGUUCGUAAUGGUUUUCAAGGUGAAUAUUAUGAUUUAUAUAUUCAAUUAUAUAGCAUUAUUGAUUCAUGUGAGAAACCCUAUGAUAUCUAUUUUACUGGUCAUUCAGUUGGCGGUGUAAUUGCAUUUUUUGCAACUUUAGAUAUCUCAAUUCAACGUUUUAAUGAAAAAUAUAUAAAAUCAAUUACAUGUGUAACAUUUGGCCAACCUGCAAUUGGUGAUGAUAAAUUUUUAGAUUAUGUUAAACAAAACAUAAAUAAAUUUACCUACCGUAGAUAUGUAAAUUCAUAUUAUAAUGAUACUAUUAGAAUAACAGACCCAUACGUUUCAAAUACAAUUUUUAAACAUUCAAUUAACAAUACAAUUUAUUUGAAAAAUAAUAUUGAAAAAAUUAAAUCAAUAAACCAAUUACACUUUUUAGACUCAUAUUUAGAAUUUUUAAGAAAUGAUGAUUAUUCACCUUGUAAUAAUUAUUGUAAUUUUAAAAAAGAUAAUGGUUUUAAUAAUAAUAAUUUUAAUCAAUAUCAUCAAUAUUCUUGUGAUGUUAAGGGUAAUACGGAAAUUACAAUGUCAAUAAAUCCAAUAGCUAAUAGAGUUAUGCCAUUCACCUAUUCAAUAUGUUUAUUAGAAUCAAGAAAAGCUUAUAAUUAUUAUAAAUAUAGUUCAAUGAGAAGUUGUAAUAUUAGAUAUGGUCAAAGUUUAACCACUAUUAUUGAUAGAUCAAAUGAUAAUAGGCAAUUAAGAAUGACAGCAAAUGGUAAACAUGUUUAUAUUAUUGUUGAAAACCAUAAUCUUGAUUAUGGAAAUUACUCCUUAACUUAUAAUUUAUCAUUUACCAAUCAACUUGAACAAUUAUUACCACCUCAAAUUAUCAAUUGUACAAUUGAAAAACAAUAUUAUUUUAAUAUGGAUGUAUCAAUCACUUUUAAAUCAAAUUCCUUUAAAAGUGAAAAAAGUAAUCAAAAAAUCAAAUACUUUGUUUAUAUCAGUAGAUCAGAUAAUACAUGGUUAAGAUAUAAAAUUAAACGAUCAAUUAAUUCAGAAUUCAUAACAAAAAUGUUUAAUAUACCUUAUGGAAAAUAUAGUAUUGUUGUUACAAGUUAUAAUGGUAUAGAAUCAAAGCCAUCAAAUAUUGGAUUUGUUGAAUUAUAA